UACUUAAAUAUAAAAUGAGAUAACAUUGAAAUGAUACUAAAUCGCACAUAAAAAUCCCUUACAAUUGAUUUCUUUUUAUUAUCAUUUCAUUAAGAUUUCAAGAAUUCAAUGCAAUAUGUUAAGGUUAUAAAGAAUGCAGUAAAAUUCAAAAUAAGAACAAAAUGGACGGAAUAAAUUUUAAUUAGAUUGCUCAGUAGAAUUGAUUAAAAUUUGGUACCGCAUAUGAGUGAAUCGGAAUAAAAAUAUUCCGUCUUAAAAUUUUUUUUUAAAUGAAUGAUUUAAAUCAUUUCAAGAAGUUAAAAAAAUCCUGUAAAUAUUGUAAACAUGAACAUUUGUAAUCACGAUAGCUUGUAAAUUUAAGCAUUUGCGUUACACUCAACUGACAAAUAUUUAAGUGAAAAAAUUUAACUAAAGCCCCAGUAUUGCUUAUUUUAUUUAUUUCAUUACAUUUCUAAAUUUUAAACACAAGAUUAGCAAGCAGGGCUGUGUCAAUCAGCAAUUCUUGAAGUGUUAAAUAAUUUUGAAUUUUUGAAGCUUAUUAAAACUAUGCGCUACAUAUUUGUCGGACUAAAAUAACAAUCCUGGCUGAGAUAUUCUUCAGUUUUUUUUCAGGAGGAGGGAUCUUAUAGAUGCUUCUAAAGCAUUAAUUAAUAUUAUAUAUUUUGGCUUUACGAUUGUGUUUUGAACAUUCAUGUUUAUGUUUGUAAACAUUUCGUUUUUUUUUGGUCGUACUUAAUACCAGCAUUCGAUCAGAUUUGAUGUUCGCUGCGUAUACAGUCACUAAUUAUCUGGAUAUAUAGGAUACAGAAAGUUUAUUUUAUGCUACAUGUUUACUAAAUAUAUUUUAGGAAAAACCCCGUUUGUUGUAGUGGAAACCUUCGUCAGUGAUGUAUCUUUAUCAAGAGUAUAUUUUUGAUUUGUAACAUAAAAUAAACUUUUAAUAUUUUGUGCGUCUCCUCGAACAAUUAAUUUCAUGAUUGUGUGUGAGAUUAUCUUGUUAAUAUUAUUCUAUACAAUUUUAUUAUCUUUUAUACACAUUUUCAGAUUUAAGUAAACAUAGAUAAAGCUAGAAAUAGAAUCAAUGUUUUGUUGCAUUUUUAUUUAAAUAUGAUUUCAAUCUAAUUUUCUUAGCAACGAGCCAGUGAAUCUUUUCGGCUUGAACACAAAUAUUCUUUCAAAAGAAAUGUAUCACUGGCAAGGUUUUUUCAUUUAUAAUUGAGUUUUCCCCAAAACAAUUACAAUAUCUGAUAAUUUGUAACAUAAAAUAAACUUUCAAUCUCCUAUGUCCAGAAAAUUAGUUUCAUAACUGGUAAUUGAAUUUGUACGACACUUAUGCAACAAAUAACAACAAUGAAUUUUCGUUUAUAAAUAUAUAUCGAGCUUUAGACUCAAGUGCAUGAGUUUUAUCUUUUUUAAUCAAUGAUACUUGAUCUUCAAAUGCGUGUUUAAUACAUACAACGAAAGUAAUCGAUAGUCGAGUAACAAAGUUGAAUACGUGGAAAUUGAAAGAUGUGAGGAAGCUAAGUUAAUUAUAACUUUCAAAGUCGCUUGGUUGCAACUUUGUGCGAGACAAAGCUCAUACAGCACAAAACAUUUCAGCAAUAUUGCAACAGUUUAGAAAUAUUUAUAAAGUGGCUGGAACAUUGUAGAAAUGAUCUGUGCUGUACGGGAAGAUGUUUAAAAAUAUUCAGCCUACGCCUCACAAACGACUCAUUGCAUUGUCAUCGGGAUCGCGAAUCACGCGCAGUCUUGAUCAAGCGAAACGCGUAUGCAGAAGUGUAUUCGAAAGUGUUACUCCAUUUCUUAUAAGAAAAGUUGAAUUUGAAACGGCAUCUAUCAUUUUUUGUUCCCUGAAUUUUCCAGACAAAAUUGCUGUUUUGUCGUGGUGUUCUCCAGCUUUCUUGUACAUAGUAUGGCCCGCAUUGACAGGAACUUUUAUCAAGAGAUCGAUAUUGUAAAAGUGGAGAAUUUUUAAUUUAUGUAGCAAAGUAAUUGAAUAUUUUAGUACACAUUAUAAAUUUAAUAUUUUAUAAUGUUCCACUGGGGAAGAUAGUACAUGUUAUUCUAUUUGAUCCCUUAAACCUGAUCUGCAAUAUUUAGCAAAUGACAAUAUCGAGUAUAUAUUAUAUCAACAACGAAUACUUAUUCUUCUAAUUUUUUAUAUCAAUCAGAUAAUCUGUUUAAAAACUGUAAAAAUGACGCACAAUACCUCAGAAAAUCUUCUAAAAAAUGCUGUCAUCCAAAUUGGUGCUGGAGGAUCGGCAGGUUUCAUCGAAGUUUGUAUAAUGCAGCCAAUGGAUAUUGUUAAAACACGUUUUCAACUCCAAGUGAAGACAACAAAGUCAGAUCCAUUAUAUUAUACAGGAAUUCGUGAUUGUAUGACUAAAAUGUAUAGGACUGAAGGACUACCAGCAUUUUGGAAAGGAAUCUUACCUCCGAUACUCGUAGAAACUCCUAAACGUGCGGUUAAAUUUUUUACAUUCGAACAAUAUAAACAAUUUUUUUUAUUCGGCGCUAGUGCACCCACUCCAUUGACAUUCUCAUGCGCUGGUUUCUUCGCCGGUGUUACAGAGGCCAUAUUAGUUAACCCUUUUGAAGUGGUCAAAGUAAAAUUGCAAUCUGAUCGAAAGCACGUCAAGGAAAGCCCGUCGACAUUUGCAGUAACAAAAGAAAUCGUCUCAAAGCAUGGUUUCGGAUUGAACGGUCUGAAUAAGGGGCUCUCGGCUACUAUAAUGAGAAACGCGGUUUUCAAUUCAUUCUAUUUUGGUUUCUAUUAUUCUGUUAAGGAAUACAUACCACGCAGACAAGAAUCUUGGCUGGAAUUUUUAACAAAGGUUGCUAUAGGAUUUGUGUCUGGUACCGUCGCUUCUUGUUUAAACAUACCAUUUGACGUUGCUAAAAGUCGCAUUCAGGGAUCACAGGAUGGUACGCAAUACAAAGGAACAUUGAACACCAUGCACAUUAUUUACAAGAGAGAAGGAUUUAAAGCCUUAUACAAAGGCUUGGUGCCGAAGGUGAUGAGACUAGGUCCAGGCGGUGCCAUUUUGCUUGUGGUGUAUGACUACAUGCAUGUAUUUCUUACAGAAAAGUUCAAAGACUAAUAUUUACAUUGCAUUUCAAGUUGUGAGAUAACUAUAAGAAUAUGUUAUAUUCUUCAAAAUGGACUUUACAUUUAUACAUUUUUUACAUUAUAUCUGUAUAUGUAUAUGUGUAUAUAUAUAAUAUGUAUAUUUUUAUGUAUAACAAAAUGAAGAUUAAUGUAAUUUU